AUGGAACAGAGCAGAAGAACAGAACAAGUUCUGUUAUUGCAGAGCUUGAAAAGACUGAUCGUCUCUUUCGUUUGUUGUCUUCCCAUGUCUCUUCUCGGUCUCCUUCUCAUGCUUCUCUUACUCUACAACAGCUUCUCUGUCUUCUCUCUUCAUCUUGAUUCAAUCCCACCAAUCAAAUCCACUGUUUCACUCAUUCAUCACCAAACUCUUCUUCAUCAUCAUCAGCAACCAUCACCAUCAACCUCAACAACAGCAUCACCAAUAAAAUCAUCAUCCGAGUCAGAUUCUUCUUUGUUGCUUGUGGUGAAAGAAACCUCAUUAGGGUUUCUACAGAAGCAGAACAUUUCGUCAACAAGGGCAGAAGGAAAGAUGAGGAGAUCAAAGAGAAGAAACGAGCAAUCAUCCGCGAUAACACAGCGGCCACAAGGCAAAUCAAGACAGAGAUUUAAGACUCGGAUCAAGUCUUUCUUGUCCAAAUCCUCAUGCGAGUCACUGUUCUUCAUGACAUGGAUCUCAUCCAUUGAAUCUUUCGGUGAUAGAGAGAGAUUCACCAUAGAGAGCCUCUUCAAGUCUCACCCAAACAGCUGCUUGAUCUUGAUCUCAAACUCACUUGACUGUGACAAAGGAACCCUAAUCUUGAAACCCUUUACAGACAAAGGUCUUAAAGUGCUUCCAAUCAAACCAGACUUCGCUUACAUCUUCAAAGACACGUCAGCAGAGAAAUGGUUCGAGAGAUUGAAGAGAGGAAUGUUCAGUCCAGGAGUGAUUCCUUUAGAGCAAAACCUCUCUAACCUUCUGAGAUUGGUCUUGCUCUACAAAUACGGUGGAAUCUACUUAGACACAGACGUGAUCAUCAUCAAACCUCUCAACAAUCUCCACAACGUGAUCGGAGCACAAACAGUUGAUCCGGUUACAAGAAAAUGGAGCAGGCUCAACAACGCUGUGCUCAUCUUCGACAAGAACCAUCCUCUUCUCAAAAGAUUCAUCGACGAGUUCUCAAGAACAUUCAACGGUAACAAAUGGGGUCACAACGGUCCAUACUUAGUCUCUAGAGUCGUCGCAAGAAUCAACAUUUCUUCCUCAUCUGCAUCGGAUUUGGGGUUCUCUGUUCUUCCACCGUCUGCGUUUUAUCCGGUGGACUGGACCAGAAUUAGAGGGUUUUACAGAGCAGCCACGAACGAGAGCGAGUCGAAUUGGUCAAGGAAGAGGCUUACGCAUCUACGUAAACACAGCUUCGCUGUUCAUCUUUGGAACAGAGAGAGUAAGAAGCUAAAGAUUGAACAAGGAAGCAUCAUUCAUCAACUCAUGUCUGAUUCUUGCAUCUUCUGUAACUCUUCUUCUUUACAUUCUCAGUUAAAAAAAACAGAACAUGUAAAGUAA